GCAGUACAGCGUUCAUGUUUGACAACAAACCCUAGUCACAGAGUUUCUAAAGACUGUACUGUCUUUGACCUAGCUACGUGUAUUUUCGGAAGCUAUUUUGCCCACUAAAAUCGUCCAACGAUGACUAAAUUACAAUAUCUGAAUGUGUAUCUAACUGAGCGUUUGAUGCAAGCUGCCGAGGAGAUACUUAGAGUGGUCGGAGACACAAUCUCCGAGUACCAGGAAGAAAUAGCCCGGACGAAGAGAGAAAACCAGUACCUGAAACGACACUUGAUUUCACCGGUCCUACAGGCUCCUCAGCCCAUUCUCUCUUGUGUCUCGGAGCAGCAAACUCCCCCUGAGCAACAUCACUGUGAGCAGGAGUGGAGCCCCAGUCUGGGGCAGAGGGACCCAGAGCCCACACAGAUUAAACAGGAACAGGGUGAACUCAGGACCCGUCAGGAGGUAGAGCAGAUUCAAGGGCCGGAGGCUGAUACCAAAGAAGACUCCAUAACCAUUCCUCCCUGUGUGAAAAGUGACUGUGAUCAGGAGCCACCUCAGUCCACACAUCUUCCCCAAACUGUGGAGAACAGAGAGAGGGACUCUCUACUGACUAACACAACUGGACAGAUCAAAACAGAACCUGAUGGAGAGGGCUAUGGAGUAUCACUAUCAGAACCAACCAGUGACUUCCCUCAGUCUCAGUCCCUCUCUGAAAUAAAUCCAGACUGUUCUAGAAAACAGAGUGAGAACACUGGAAUUGUUCCAAGAGAUCUAGAAAGGAGACCAGAGGAGGACACACAGACACACUCAUGUACUCAGUGUGGUGCCGUGUUCUGUGAGCUAUCCCAACUGGAGGCACACAUGCUAGCCCACACAGUACCACACAGUGGUGACACUAGUCACAGGCAAAUCCUCUGCACGGUCUGUUGGAAGUCAUUCACCUCUACCAGUUACCUCAAGGUCCACCUGCGUUCUCACACUAAAGAUAAGCCCUUCCACUGUGGUGUGUGUGGCAAGAGCUUCAGCUACUCAGGGAGGUUCAGGGAGCACCAACGCAUCCACACAGGAGAGAGACCGUACCGCUGCCACGUGUGUGGUAAACGCUUCAGCCAGUCAGUCCAUCUGAAGACCCACCUGAGGGUCCACACAGGGGAGAAACCCUACUCCUGUCCUGUUUGCGGGAAAGGGUUCAGUCAGUCUAGCCAUAUCAAGGGACACCUCAGAACUCACACUCGAGGGAGGUAGAAGAAAGAUGCUUUGGAGUGGAAAGACCCCAUGAGGGGAUAGACAGAGCCUUCCCCCUGAGCAACAUGGGAAGUCAUACUGAGACUAGGGUCUCUUUUACAGGGCUCAUCUAGUCUGUGUUACUUCCCUGUCAAGAUAAAGGUUAAAUAAAAAUGUUCUCAAAGUGCCCAGUGUUUGGAAAGAGAAAGAGGACAUUCCUUCUCUUCAAUGCUACUAAUUCUACAUAUAAUUGUAAGACUAGAGGACUAUAGAAUGUGUAAUGUUUUGCAGACUAACUGAGGCAUCUCAUGUCUGCAUUGAUUUGAGAGAGCUGCUCAUGAACAUGCUAUGAAAAGACUUGACUUGAACGCAUCCCCUCAUGUAUCACUAGAUGACACUAUGUUCAAGAUAAAUAAAAUGUAAAUUUUUUCCUCUUAAAGAUUUAAAUUGGAGCUGGUUGGUCUCCUUGCAAAUAAACGAACUAUCAUAUUGA